UCAGAGCGCGCCCGUCACUAGGCAACAAGAACGCCCCUAACAACGCCGCCAGCAGCAGACAUGGCAACGGCCUCGACCGAGAACGUGCUGAAAGAGUUAUCGAGACUGGAGAGGGAUGAAGGCAUCCAGCGCCUGAGCUUCUGCUUUCAGUGGAGGGAGUUUGAAGGCGACGAGCAGAGACAGUAUUUGCACCAGGAGUUUGUGUAUGAGAAUGUAAUGUAUUCUGUAAAGCGUGGGCUUCCAUGGUCUUCAGUGGCACAAGUAGCGAGUAUGACUAAAGAGCUCCUCCCUGAGCUUAAAGGUCUGGAGAGAUCUGAAGUCAUUUCCCUGAUCCGGACACGACUGUCACAGCAUCAGCUCCAGCUCUCGCCGGCUCAUCGUGCUGUCCUCUAUGACUUCAUUGUAAAAGACUCUGUCCGUCAUCAUCACCUGUAUCAGGCUUUUUUAAAAAAGGACAUAAAUCUUAUAUCUAUGGAUUCCCAGCUGGAGAUCCAUAUUCCACCACAUCCCCCACCCCUCUGCGAGGGAACUGAUGUGGUGGUGUGGGAGAAGCAGCAGGCUUUGAGAGAACUCACAGCAGCCGAGGCUGAGAAACAGUCAGAACUCCAAAGACUCCGAGAGCAGGCCGAGACAGAGCUGAUGGCAAAACUACAGGAGAGGCUGGGUGAUUUAUUAGUGGAGAACAGACUAGACAGACAGGAAGUGCAAACCACCGUCCGCACCUUUCUGCAGUCACAAGGAGAAUUUUUUAAGGAUAAUUUAGAGAAGGAAAUCAGAACAGUACAGGAGCUGCUGGAAAUAAAAAUGCGUCAAAAGUCUCUUUUAGGAAGAGGACCAUCUUCAAACACAUCCAGCUUCUCUGAAAAACUGUCUGUACCAAGCUCCACAAAAGUCAAGAAGUCAAAAAAAUGAAGUCAACAAGAGACUUCCUUUUUUUUUUGUUAAUUAUGUAUAGAAUUCUGUUUUUUGGAAAACACUUGUUUCACAAUUAUUUUUUUCUGGUGUGCUUGGGAAUUGGAUGUGGAUAGAUUUUAAGAAAAAGGCAAACUGCACAAAAAGUUAUGUUUUAUGUGACAACAAUAAAUAAAAACAACCAAAUGGCAAACAAUC